CUCUUCUCCCCGGCUGUGAAACAAUGGCCACGCCGAGCCUCCUCCUCACUUUAUGCGUGUGGCUUGUGGCUGGGAGCCUCUCAGUGGAGGCGACAUACUACCGGCACCACCGCUACGUCCCCCACUUCUACCGCUACCGGGAGCACUCUGCCAACACGGAAAACCUCCUCCCUGAGGUCUCCAACCCGGAGCCAGAAGUCCCGCAGCCCGGCGUGCCGACCUACCCCGAGAUCCCCGAGGUGUUCCACCCGGCACCUGAAGUCAUCCACACCAUACCAGAGGCUAUCCACCCCGUGCCCGAAGUCGUGCAUCCUGCAUCUGAGCCUUACCCACAACUCGACGUUUACCAGCCGGUGCCUGAAGCCUCCUCCCCUGUCAACAUGAGCCGGGUUUUCUACGGGAUCAUGUUUGACGCUGGGAGCACAGGCAGCAGGAUCCACAUCUACAAGUUCAUCCAGAAAGAUCCUGUUGAGCUGCCAGUUCUGGACAAUGAAAUGUACCACGCAGUGAAGCCUGGACUUUCUGCUUAUAAGGACAACCCUGAGGAGGGUGGCAACACUAUCCGACAGCUGCUGAAGAUCGCCAAGAAGACAGUGCCGGAGGAGGAUUGGAGGAGGACCCCGGUGGUCUUGAAGGCCACAGCGGGUCUGCGUCUGCUGCCUGAAGACAAGGCCAAUGCUCUUCUUAAGGAGGUGAAAGAGGUGUUCGAUGAGUCCCCUUUCUUUGUGCCAAACAACAGUGUUUCCAUCAUGAAUGGAGCAAAAGAAGGAGUCCUCGCCUGGGUCACAGUGAACUUCCUUACAGGUCACUUGUACUCCAACACAAGGAGGACAGUAGGCAUCCUGGAUUUGGGUGGCGGAUCCACACAGAUCACAUUCCUUCCCAAGUCAAAGAAAACGGUCCAGUCUGCUCCCGCCACCUACAUUGCUAGAUUCAACCUCUUUGAACAUACCUACCAACUCUACACACACAGCUACCUUGGAAAUGGACUGUAUGCAGCACGACUGGCAACCCUCGGAGCACUAGGAGCUGAUGGUCUAGAUUGGAAAAUCUUCACUAGUUCCUGCCUGCCGAAAAAGUUCAGAGAAGAUGUGACUUUUGGAGGAACCACCUACAAAGUUAGCGGGAUUCCAGACGGCUAUGCAGGCUACAAGCUGUGCUACUAUGAGGUAAUGAAGGUUAUCAAAGGAAUAGUGCACCAGCCUUAUGAAGUGAAGGGCAGCAGCGUCUUCUACGCAUUCUCCUACUACUUCGACAGAGCUGUGGAGUCUGGCCUCAUCGAUGGCAGUCGGGGUGGUUCGGUUGAAGUCAGGGAUUUUAAGAAGAGAGCCAAAGAAGUGUGCAACAAAAUGACCAAGUACCGUGCUAUCAGCCCCUUCCUCUGCAUGGAUAUGACAUAUAUCACCUGUCUGCUAAAGGAGGGCUUUGGCUUCAAGGACAGCACUGUGCUGCAGCUCGCCAAGAAGGUGAACAACGUAGAGACGAGCUGGGCCCUGGGGGCAACCUUCGACUACUUCAGAAACCUCAACAUCCACUAAGGACAGCUCGCUGUCACUGCAGCCGGCACUGAGAAGGACAGUCUGUCACUGUGGGGCUUCCUGUCCUCUGUCCACCCUCGAUCAGCCCGUCCCCUCACAGACACACCCGGUCCCACCACGCCCCCUCCUCUUUUCCUCAACCUCAGCUCCCUGCGAACACUCUGAGACCUGUUGAAAAAAGAAAUCACUAUAUUUUUUUAAGGCCAGCUAUUUCUACUGUAUGUUGAGCUCAUGACUGGUGGGCUGACUUUAUUUUUGUAAAACGUUUACAUUUUUGAUUCCUUAUGGCUGUCUGAUCUGAAAUGUCUACCUGUUGAGUGUGUAGAGGGUAGUUUAGAAGCAACACCACCAGUCAUGGUAUUUUGGUAUUUACUGUGGUCCUGGUGUGCACUGUACAGUGCAGUGGAAUUUAUUUAGAGACUAGUUGCUCGAAGUGCAACCAUAAUUGUCUUUCUAAAUGCUUGUAAUUUUUUUUAUUUUAUUCUAGCAGUAAAUCAUUUUACUCGAACCAUAAUGCAUUUCCCCCCUAGCCAUCAUUGGAAAUAGACAACCGUACAGCUUCUUUUCUUCAACUUUGCACAUAACACUUUUAUUGCAGAUAUUGUAGCUAAGACAGUUGCUUUGAUGUCGACCAGAGUUGUAUGUAUUCAUCACGUAGUGCUGGAUUCAC